AUGGCCGGCUCGGGCCAACUUCAGAACUCGCGAGGCCAACAAGGCCAGCAAAUGAGCAAGGAUCGGCCCCGUCCCGAUCGAGAGAAGUAUCGAUUAGCUUUGGCCCAGAGGCAAGUGCGAAUGCAUGAAGCAGCCUGGGACGAGUGUAUACGCCGCGAACUAGCAGCUGCUGAAGCUGCCCGAGCCCAAAAGGCCAGCGGCCAGCAAGGGGAGUUCUAUGAGUUCAGUGUUCAGUACGCCACCUCCUUCGGUCAGGAACUCUACAUGGUUGGCUCCUGCGAAGAGUUGGGCAGCUGGACUUUGUCCCACAAGGUCCAUAUGGGGUGGAGCGAGGGCAACAUCUGGCGAGCGAAGGUGGAGAUUCCCUUGGAGCGUGGUGUGCCUUCGCUGCAAGAAUGUCUUGCUGUGGAUAUGUUGUUUUGCAGCAUCGACUCGUCCAGGUCGUUGAGUACAAGUACAUUGUUGCAAAGGAGGACUCUUGGACGACAAAAAGUCCAUGUCCAGUCUUUCACGGAGUCAGGUUCAUCAUGA